CAAGUUUCACGACCAAAACGCAUUGAUCUUUUUGAACGGCUGGAUUUAGGCUUCAUAUUUCAAUAUAUUUAUAUUUAAUUACGUUUAUGUAAGCGCACAAAGUAGCUAUUUUGAAUUUUAGUUAUUUACUUUACAACUCAAUUUCAAUUCUUGCGCCUUUGACGAAAAGACGUCUCGACUACGCAUGCGUAAACUACCACCGUCCACUACAAACAAUCACGAUUCACAAAGCAGAACAUCGUCUCCCAUCGGUGUUUGUUUGACACUUCCACACACUUCCGUAUCUACAAAAUCAAUAGCAUCAAUAUGUGAAGAAGAAUUUGUGGCUAUUUCAAAUCGAAGAUAAUAACAUUGUGUUCGUAAUGUCCAGCUCUGAUAGUGAGGAAGAAGUUCCAUUUCAACCUGAAUCCCAAAAAGAUGGAAAAGACUCAAUACCUGCAAAGUCAAAGCUUAAAUAUGAAAAAGCUUACGAAACUUAUGUCGAAUGGAAAAAGAAAAUUGGCGUAACAACAACAGAAAAUUGGCUGAUAGAAUAUUUCAACAGAUAUAUGCAAAAAUACAAACCACCCAGUGUAUUGGCACAUUAUUCUAUGUUAAAAAGUUUAAUAAAAGUGCAUGAAAAUAUUAAUAUCGGCAACUAUAGCAUCUUAAAUGCCAAAUUAAAAACUUAUGCGACAGGAUACGAAAGUAAAAAAUCUCUCGUGUUCACGAAUGACCAGCUUUCAAAAUAUUUACAAGAAGCUCCUGACAGAAUACAUCUUGCCAAUAAGGUCGUUAUGAUUUUUGGAAUUAUGGGCUGCUGUCGUGUAGAUGAGAUUACUAAAAUAAGAGUGAGUGAUAUUAAGAAAGAAGGGCAAGUACUUAUUGUAAAUAUACCCAAAGAGAAUGCAAAAAAUAACAAGCCUAGAAAAUUCACAAUUUACGCAGAUAUGAGUGCUAUAGUAAAAAAAUACUUAAAUCUACGUUCUAAGGGUACACCGACCGAUCGCGUCUUCGUAAAUUAUCAAAAAGGAUUAUGCACGAAACAGCCAAUAGGUAAAAAUAAAAUGCACUCUAUUCCAAAGCAAAUAGCAAGAUGGCUAGAACUUGAUGAUCCUAGCUUGUAUUCUGGCCUCGCGAUAAGGCACACAGCGGAUACUUUUUUAUCCACCUCGGACGUUGGUACGACAAUUGUAUUGAACCGACUGAAAGAGUGGAAUCGUGACGAUAUAGAUCAGACUCACGAACAAGAUCCAUUGGGAGAUGAUUCCCAGUCAAAUUUACCUGCGACGUCUGCCAAUUUAAAUGGCAAAGUGAUAAAUGACCAGGCGUAUACAUAUAUUACACAUACCAAUUUGAGUGAUGAAGAUGAGCAACAACCAGAAUGUUCAGCGCCACUUUCGAAACGUCGAAAAAUUGACCAACUUGAUAAUCCUUCGACUAGUGCCUCUGAUUUAACACGGCAAACAAAUUCUAAGAAAGAUCAAACACGACAAACAAAUUCUAAGAAAGAUCACUCGUGGUAUCAACAAAAUCGCGAAUUGAAAAGGCGAUCACAAGUGAUAACUCAAAGAUAUCUGCAAGCAAAUCCAGAUGCUUUGAAUGAUUUCGAUUUGCAAGACGAGGUCGACAAUCAUGCUGACGAUAUCGAACAGCUCCGUGAAACCGUAACAGAACUCAGCCAAGAGGUUGCCAAGUUGCAAACGGAACUUAGUGCCGCCAGAUUACAAGAGUUCGAAGCUCAAGAGCAAGUGACACAUCUAACUGCUCAACUGGAGGAAGAACGAGUGGCUAGAGAAAACGAAGAAGAAAACGUAAGAAAAAUCAAGACCCAAAAGGAGAACAUGGAGCGAGUAACUAAAAUGGUAGCUGAUGAAGUUCAAGCACUCAAAACUCAAUGUGAUAAUGAAAGAGAAAAUGCGAGAAUGGCUAAAAUUGAAGCCGAUAAAAUUCAAAAAGAGCGAAAUGUUCUGGCACAUCAAUCAGCUUUACUAAUGGUAGACGUAGGCAACGAUCCAAGCGGACGUCUUUUGGUACUACUUCAAGAAGUGGAGACACUAAAAAGAACAUUGGAAGAAGAGAAGCAAGCACACGCAGCUCAGAUACAAGUCCUCCAAGAAAAACUCGAGGAAAAAGAAUCCAAUGUUGAGUUUGAGAUCGUUGAAGAAAAGCUCAAACUGUCUGAGGCAGAACUAGUAAUGGUCGAACAACGAGCAGAACGAGCAGAGAAUAUCGCUGAAGCGAUGAAAGGAAGAGUACGUGAACUCGAACUCAAAGUCGCUGAGCUCGAAAAGAAGGCGAGUGCACCACCUCCACCGCCACUACCUCCACCACCACCUCCUCCACCGAUGCCAACAUCUUCUACGAAUGGCUCGCCGUCUCUCAAACUCAUUACUAGAGAAAAAUUGUCUAGUGAGACAAAUAAUUCGGCUGUGGAAAAUAUGGAAAAUAUGCUUGGUAUUAAUAAAAAAUCACCCCCAAUGCCUCAACAACCUGCUAUCGACGACAUAAUAAAUCAAAUAAAAGGUGGACGUUUUACGUUAAAACAGACUGAUAAACAGCGUGAGGAAGAAAGAAAACGAAAACAAGAGGAAGAAAGUAAACCGCCAGCAGUAUCAGAAAUGCUUAAUAUUUUAGGGACCAUGAGACGAAGGGCUAAACCAACUCGAAAUUCAAUAAAAUUUUCUAAUGGACCUUCGUGAUUGAAAAGUAUCAUCUCUGUAUUAUAAAUAUGUAAUUUAUAUCAAAACUGAAUAUUUAUGUAAGAUAUUUUUAAGAAACUGCCAGCUUUUCAUAUGACGUUAUUAAUGUAAGUUUUAUUAUAUAAAUAUAGAUCGUUUUUGUUAAAAAAUGUUUGGAUUAAUUCGACUGCAUUAACUUUAUUUUAAUAAAUCAUAAAGAUUUUGCUUUAGGUAAAACUUUAUUCGUGGAUAAUAAUUAAUAACACUAAACAUAAAAAACUUAUCCAAAUUCUUCAAUAUUUUACGCCAUGAAUAUACUUUACUAAACUAAAUUUUUUUAGUCAAAAUAAUUUUAUUAUAUAGAUUAAGCCAGCUAAAUUAAAAUAAUACUAUUUCAUUGUUUACUAAGUUAUCACCAUGACAUUUGAACAAUUUUAAUUUCGAAUCAUUUCUAAUCAUAAUUUCGAAUUUAAAAUUCUAUUCAUGUUAAGUACUUUACUAAUUGAAAAUUAAAAAAAGUUAAAUAAUUAAUUAUUUAAACAAGCACUGAGGUGAUUGGCAAUAUUUUAUUUAUGCACAUAUAGUGAAGUCGAUUAAAAAGCUUUUCCGAUAUUCCGUGGGCAAAGUGCCUCUUUCUCGCACGCUCGGCAAAAAACGUGCGUUGAAAAUCGCACUUUUCAUACGUAUAAAAAAAUACGGUACGGUACAUGUUCGGCUCGCUUCGCUCGGGUGUGAACGACACACGAGACAAGAAUCUACUUUCCCGUACUUUUAUCGCAAUGUACUAUUAUUUAGUUCAAUUAGCUAUCACGUUAUAUUACAUUACCCAACUAGUUUUGAAAAGUAGUUUCUUUUCUGUAGGAGGUUUGUUUAAACGAAAUGGCUUAUUUUGUUUUGACUAUGAAUCAACUGCUAAUUAAUAAGAAUACUUGAUAUCUUUUAAUAAGUUGUGUUUUAUUCAAGAUAGUAACAGGUGCGUAUGGAGGUUUAAAUUACUCUAGAUAGGUUUUGUUAGGAAAAAUUAACGGAAGAUCGCUUAGUAACCGAAAAUGUUGCUAAAAAAAUUGCGUUCUAGAACAAAUGCAAAUGUACACUACCAAAAAUUCUUUUGUAUAACUAUCCAAUAGUAAAAUUACAAAUGAUGUAAUAACUAACUCCGAGUGUAGUAAUUUUAUUAGUCUUAUACUAAUAAAAUUACAAAUUAUAAUAAAUUUACAAUUCGUCUUGUAAAAUUACGUCUCUGAGACUAGUAAUCUUACGAUAGCCGAAAUCUUGGCUUUUGUUGUAAAAAUACUAUCUCGACUGUAAAAGUAUUACUACACUAGACUAGUAAAUUGACUAGCUGCUAGCGAUUUUAUUGCUCUUAGAAUAAAUCCAUUUCGUGUCUAACUCAAAUUAGUAAUUUUACAAAAGUAUUUUUUACAGUGUACGAUUUUUAUCCUUAACAAGGUUUACAUUCGAAAGUCAUUUUGAUUUUGUCAGUAAAAAUUACAACCUGGAAAACCAUGCAAUAACGUGUAACUUUUAUUGACAUCAAUCUGCUACGAAUUUUCGAAAAUUUCAAUAGAUUUUCAUAUAUUGGGUUGAAAAUUUUGUAAUAUCCAAAAAUGAAAAUUAUUCAAUAUUACAGUUAACAAAAUAGAUCUUCUGAAUAGAAAUACAAAGAAAACUAUGGUUGCGAAAAAAAUGUUCCAAUUAUCUCGAUUGGAGGAUCCUUUCUUCUGUUCAUUAGAUCUAACAUCCAAAAUGUUUGAUUCCAUUUGGUUACAAUUAUCACGUAUCGUCGUUGGCAAUUCGUCAAAGAGAGCUUAAGAAUCCUUUGAAUCCAAGGAAAUAUAUACCGAUCCACAAUGGCAGACCUCGCUGAGGCAAAUAAAUCGAUUUGAAAAUUAGAGUUCCCGCUUCUGUUAUGUGGUACCACUCGCGGAGAGUAACUUCUUUCUGGGAAGAUAUGAUCCACUAUGCCGUUGUAUUUGCCCGAAUAGAGUAUUUCGAACAACGAUUGGUUACUUCAGUUUGUUUCGGCAUUUUAUAAUAAAGAUGCUAGCCACGAAGAAAUACUUGAAAGUGCUUUCGAAUUGAUAAUCGGAAUGUACAGUAGUAAAGCUAAAAAAGUUUUAAUUAGAAAAUGUAAUGUAUUCACACUUAGCGAUCUUCGGUAUUUACAUUUCAGUGAAGCUAAAAGCAAAACUAAAUUCGCAUUUGAAUCUUGGCCACCGACUGUAGGUGCAGUUAGGCAACAUACGUAUAGAGUUUUUUUUUUAUCAAAUACAGUGGUAGCUAGGAAAUGAAAAUGUAAUUGCUACGGAUUGGGGAUGGGAAAUCGUUAAUGAUAUGCUAUUACCUGUAGGAAAUGUUGAUUCGCCCUUACCGAAAAAUGUGCUCGAACAAGUAUCAUGUUCACGCAGUAAAAAAGAAUGUAUCGAUGCUUCGUGAAACUGCAAGAAAAAUGGUGUACGAUGCACGAAUCUGUGUGCACAUUGUCGAAACAAUACUUUUGAUAAGAAUAAUGAAAAUUUCUAUUUUAAUAUCUAUGAAAAUGUUAACGAUGAUACGUGUGUGAUGGAUGAAAGUAUAAGGAUUGUUAAAGCUUUUCAUCUGAAUCUACAAUUUAUAAUUGAUUAAUAGUAGUUAUCGAAAGAUAAAAAAUCAACGGAUAGAAUUUUAUAACAAUAAAUUCUGUAACUAUGAUUAUAAAUUAAGUAAGCUCAGUAAUGUUUUUUAGUAACAAUAAUUAAUAAUUAUGUAAGCGUAGUAAUAUUUUUUGAAUAAUUGUAAAGUGUGCGUAUUUCGACAAUUUGUGAAGUUAUAUAUAUAUUUAUGAAGUUAUAUGAUUUGUAAAUUUUCUUUGUUUUCGUAGCUUAAUGAAUAAAUCGAUUUAACAAUGCCAAUGAAGAUUUUUUUCACAAUUAUAAAAAAUUCAUAAAAUGUAUGUAUUUGAUACAAAUAAUGAAAUAAUGGUCAAAGAAUAAUGUAUAAGAGUAUUACGGAAAAAAUAUUUGAUUGAUAAUGUUCAUAUUAAGUUGUAAUAGUGCGCAAAAAAGUUGUAAUACUAACUAAAAUCUGAUAUUUGUCUAAAAUGUAUAUUUUUGUUAUCAUUGCCAAAAUACCCCAAAAGAAAAAGAAAUUGUUAAAAUAGUAUCAAUAUAUACGAUAAAAAUUAAUGUUAAAGAUAAAUCAGAGCGUGCCGUGCUUAUAUAUAGCACUCUAUUACUAUAUGUAUAGAUUAAACCUCUCCGCUUUCGGCUCCCCGCCACUCGCCGACUUUUACUCGCGGGGUAUUUUCGCUCGACCUUUGAUUCAAAUUUUCACCUAUUUAAACUCAAAAUAAUCCAUAAGUGUAAAUAGGAGAUUUGUAGUCCAAGAAUUGAGCUUUCUAAUGGUGUAUACAAAUUUCACAUACAAAAAUGACCCGAGCAAGAGUAAAUUUUGCAAGAUAGCUAUAAAAAGAGCUUUCACAACGCUAUAUCUUAAAAACUAAUAAUCUGACAGACCCCAAGUUGCAAGCUCUUAAUUUUUAAUACAAACUGCAUGGUGAAUUUUUGAAAAGUACCCUUUUUCCGCUUGUUUUAAUUUUUCAAAUUUUUCUUGACUCGAUAUUAUCUGAUUAACACGAUUGAUCGCUUAUUUUGAAGAUAAUCGAGUUACUUACAACUUUCUCCAUUGAAGUAUAUACUUUAAACGAAAACUGGUAGUGUUACACGUGAAAAACAUGUUUUUGUAAAUCUUAAAAAUUGUUUAAUAAAUCUGUAUUUUAAUUAUCUGCAGGUGGAUUUCAGUUAAAAAAUUCGUCCCGAAAAAGUCUAAAUUGAUUGGUCUAAAUGUAAAUACAAUAACUGGAAUAACAUACUCGCAGAAUCAAUCGCUCGUAUAAUAAACAAUUAAAUCGCAUAACAAUGCUUUUAUUCCUGUUGCAUUUGAUAUCGUCGGACAAUAGAUAAUGAGAAUAUCCUCGAUUACUUAUCUAUUUAAAAGCACGAAUACGUUUUUUCAACGUAAUGAUAAUUAAUUAAUCCUUUCUUGUGUUAUCACGAUUGAUAAGAUGCGUCACGUACCUUCAUUUAUUAUUAUUCACCUUUCCAAUGUCUGGAGUUUUUUACAUUUUCUUAUCCAUUCAUUUUCUACUUGCUGCUAUAAAAGUUUCAAUCGCUUUCGUCUUGACGAUUGCAAUUUUCUUCUCUCCAAAAGGCUCUUUAUAAAGAAAACAUGACUGCUCUACCUCGCUAUAUCGUCUUGUGGUUGAUACAUUAUUUAAAGAAUCAUAAAAUCUAAAAAUAAUAAAAUACAAUGGUGUUAAAGACGAAGGAUUUUU